UUUCGAAUUGCUCUCUUUUAAGAUUGCCAUCAUUUUUAAGUGAUACUUAUUUAAUUGUUUCUUCAAACUCUUUCCCAUUUGAAUAACAAAUUUUCAAUUUUUUUCCUUGAAAGCCUUUCCCAUUUGAAUAUCCAAUCCAUCCAUUCCAUCCAUCGUGAAUUAUCGACAAAAAGUAUUCUUCCAUUUCAAUUCAGUUAAACACCUUUGUCCUAUUCUCAGAAAUUGAAAAAUUCAUAGAUUUACCAGUUCAAUUCAAAACUUGUUUAAAUAGCAAUACAUAACUGUAAAACAUAGCACAUAGUAUGUAUUAGUGGUAGUAUAACAUUUCUAGAGAGAGAGGGCCACAGAUUUAUGAAAACAGCUGUUAUUUUCUGAGCUCGUGAUCACAGUUUGAUCUUACUUCUUGUCAAGGCAGCGAAGACGGCGGUGAUUUCGGCUAGAUAACGUUUGUGGAAAUCGCUCACGAUGUCGUUCAAGAGCAUUUUAAGGGAGAUGAGAGAUGGGUUUGGUAGCAUGUCAAGGCGAGGGGUCGAGGUGAAGCACUGGCGCAGCCAUAAUAGGUCUUUUGUAGCCCCUGACGUAACUCUUUCGGAGCCAGUAGAGGAGCAAGGGCAGUGGGCAAAUUUACCUCCAGAGUUGCUCUUGGAUAUCAUCAGGAGGGUUGAGGAGAGUGAGACUGCUUGGCCUGCUAGGGCGGUUGUUGUUUCUUGUGCAUCAGUCUGUAGAUCGUGGAGGGAAGUUUCAAAGGAAAUUGUUAAAACACCUGAGGAAUGUGGGAGAUUGACAUUCCCCAUUUCAUUAAAGCAGCCGGGUCCUCGAGAUGCUCCAGUCCAAUGCUUUAUUAAGAGGGAUAGGGCAACUUCUACAUAUCGCCUGUGUUUUGGUCUGACCCCUUCUGAAGACGAGAGUGAUAAAUUAUUGCUGACAGCCAGAAAGAUGAGAAGGGCGACAAGCACGGAUUUCUUAGUUUCUCUGGUUGCUGAUGAUUUUUCUCGAGCCAGCAACACUUAUGUUGGAAAACUUAGAUCCAAUUUCCUGGGUACCAAGUUUACCAUAUAUGACAGCCAGUCUCCAACUGAUGCUGCAAUUCAGCACAAGAGUCGACACAGUCGAAGAUUUAGUACUAAGCAAGUUUCUCCAAAACUACCUGCUUAUAACUACAGUGUAGCCACCAUUUCCUAUGAACUCAAUGUUCUCCGCACGAGAGGUCCUAGAAGGAUGCACUCCACAAUGCUCUCGAUCCCAGUCUCUUCUAUUCAGGAGGGGGGCGUUGCCCCAACCCCGACAUCAUAUCCUCAGUAUAGUGAUGACAACAAGUCUUCAACCCUAAGGGCUUUGAAAGAGAAGGAGCCAGUUAUAUCUUUCAGCUCCCCGAACCUCACAACUUUGCCUGUCCCAACGCCACAUUGUGGGGAUGCGCUCGUUCUGAAAAACAAGGCCCCAAGGUGGCAUGAGCAUUUACAAUGCUGGUGUCUGAAUUUCAAAGGCCGUGUAACAGUAGCGUCUGUUAAAAACUUCCAGCUUGUGGCUGCUGUCGACCCUUCGCUGAAUAUUCCUGCUGAAGAACAGGACAAGGUGAUUCUGCAGUUUGGAAAGAUUGGGAAAGACAUUUUCACCAUGGAUUAUCGCUACCCUCUCUCUGCAUUUCAAGCUUUCGCAAUCUGCUUGAGCAGCUUCGACACCAAACCGGCCUGUGAAUGAUGAGCCGUGAAUGUAUUACAUACGUCAAGAUCAUCAUCUAGCUUGCAGAGGGCGCCAUGACCGGAGAUGCACGAUGCUGCUUUUGAGUGGAUAACCUUUUACUGUGCAGGUAGUAUUAGUAACUUACUAGUUUAGAAGCUCAGAUGGAAAGAAACACUUGUUCCUGAAUCAAUGGAUAUUCAUUUGGGAUUAUAAAAUUUGUUAUGAAUGUUGGCAUCAAUGUGUAUAUACGUGAACUAUAAA